GUAACACCUGUGUGUUGGACUCAUUAAAGAUUUAACCAGAGAAGUCACGUGCAUUUUGAACAAUGGCUGACAACGGCCAUGCUUAACGCACAGCUCCAAAACUUUGGAAAAAAGCAAGCAAAAUGGAGUUACCUUUGGAUGAGGAGGAUGGCACUUUCACCAACAUUUCUUUGGCAGAUGAUGCAGCAGAGCAUCUCUCAAGCAGAGCAUCUCUCAAACAGAGCUCUUGGAAAGCGGAAAGAGCCCACACUACAAUGAUGAAUGCAGAUAUGGAUGCGGUUGAGGCUGAGAAUCAGGUGGAAUUAGAAGAGAAAACACGGCUUAUUAAUCAAGUUUUGGAACUGCAGCACACACUUGAAGAUCUCUCAGCACGAGUAGAUGCUGUUAAGGAAGAAAACUUGAAACUGAAAUCAGAAAACCAAGUUCUUGGACAGUAUAUAGAAAAUCUGAUGUCAGCGUCUAGUGUUUUCCAAACAACUGACACAAAAAGCAAAAGGAAGUAAGGGUUGAUUCACAGAUGAUGUCAUUGUAUUGCUGCUGUCUUUUUUUGUUUUAAUUGGCAUAGGCUACAUGAGCUAAAAUACCUUAGUUUGUGGCUUUACUGGAUACCUGAAGAUUAUAAGCUUUGGUGAUAAACAGAAUUAAGAACAUUAUCAUGAACAGGAGAUAUAAGUUUCUGUAUUGUUAAGAUUAAGCAACGUGCAAAUGUAGCGUAGAGACUUACUAAACUUUCAUAUUUGUUUUAAAAAUGAGCAUAUCUUGUUAAAAAUUGGAUUCGGUUUGUCAAUUUAAACAAAAGCCUGGUGGCACUCUUUGAGGUCUUAGGAUAGUGUUCUUGAUUAGCAAAAUAAUACAGCUAUAAUAUUGUGUUGAAACCUCAUUUGUUAAAAAUAUUCAGUCUAAUUGCAUCAGCUUUUUCACUUCAAAUAUAUUUAGAUUUCUGUAUAGUUCCGUUCAUAGCUCUGCAAAGCACCUUUAAACAGAAACCUGUAAACCACAGUUAAUUUCUGUGGAGUAGUAACAGUGACAUUAUUUGCAGGGCUUGUGUACAGAAAAAAACAUUUAAGAUUUUUUGGAAUGGGGAGGGUAGGGGAAGAGGAACAAGGAUAGGCAACUUGCAUUAGGGAAAUGGCAAACUGAUGCAGUAUCAGAGUGUCUGUAGUUUGCGAGAUUGUACAUCUCAAACUGUUUUCCACUUUCCUUUUUCCUCAAAGAACGAUCAGGCACAGCAUCAUGAUGUGUGGUCUUCCUAAAGCUUUUCAGUUGUGUGAUGAGGAGUUAAAUUAAAACGUGAAUAAUAAGCUUUACAGAAGCAGGUCAGCAAUGUUCCUCAUGCUCGCUGUGAACAACCUGCAGCGAGGAACAGAGAAGUCUUUCCUUGCCAUGUUUUACUUUCCUCCUGAAGUGCCAAAAUUGUCUUUGCUUCAGGCCUUAGAGCAACUGUUUUCCUGCCCCAGAGUCUGAGCUUGUGAAGUAACUCUUGAGGCACUGCACAGAAGCAUCUAAGACUGAGUGGAACAAAGGUGGCUUUUGCCUCAAAUCUGUGCUGCUCUGAGCAAUGCCUAGUGUCAAAAUCCCCAGUUUUCUACUGGCUUGGCUGUUUGUUCACAGGUUUUGUAAAGGAGCUCAGCCCAGAUUAUGGGUCUGAGCAGUUCCCCUAGAGGCAGCAUGUCUGGCAUAAUCAGUAUUAAAGGAGAGCAGACGCUCAACUACAAACAACGAUGUAAGCUUUAGCAGUACUUGCAUCUGUUUCAUCUUGCCAUACAGCAGCAUUGCAGACUUAUUAGUGGAUGUUACCUUGAACCAAGGUCUGUUUCUUCAGUAAUGAAGCCACUGUACUUUAAACAGAAGGAAACCACUAGUUCAAGGAUGUCUUUCAACUUUGCUGCAA